CGUUCAGUCUCUCACAGCCGACGCAAGAACGUCUACUCCAUAUAUAGACUCUGUCUCAAGAUAUUUUUAGACUUUCUUCUAUUACCUAAUUGGUUUUAAAAGCGAUUCUUAAGCGCUUCCGGUGUUAGGGUACCGAUUUUCUGUAUUAUGAGCGAAAAAAUCUCAGUUUCUUUGUCGCCCGGGGACAAUAAGGAGUCAAAAAGGCGUUCGACUGUGUUAAAACAUCUUUGACGGUUCUUUGUAGGCGGACGAAGAGCCGAUACAAUUUAGUGGUUUUUGUGAGCCGGAUUUGUGUUUAUUUUUUUUAAGAAAACUGGCUUUUUUUAUUAAUAGAGGUGCAAUGGAUGGAUAUGAUUUUGAAUAUAUUGACCGGAACGAUCGGUCGAUUAUGUCAGGCGAUAGUCCUCUGCACAAUAAUCGUACUACAGAAGCCUUCGAUUUCUCCUCUGGUACUACUGAUCAAGAUUCCGGUAGGCCAAGGUUGCUAGACUCCAAGCCUGUGGCGUCGGCAGAUGGUCGUACCUCACCCGUGGCUAGCGGUAGCAGGGACGUUGCCGUCCAAAAUAGUCAACCGAACCAGGAAAAAGGAGAUAAAGAAGAGGUUCAAGCAUCAGUCAUUGUAGAACCGGGCGGAAAAGAGAAGAACGAUGAUGAAAAAGACGGGUUUGCUUCUUCAACGUUAAAUAACGAUGAAGACGAACGGGAGCAUGAUAAAGAAGGCGAAGAACAGAGAAGAGGAAGAAACAACGACGGAGAAUUUGGUGGAGGUAGAGACAAGAAAGAUCGAAAAGACGACAAAUUUAAAAAGAACGGCAACGUAGACAAACUAGACGGCGUCUUUAGUGCUAAAGGUAAAAAGCAAAAGAAGAAAAAAGAUGACGAAGACGACUGUAUGGUGAAGUGCCUCUACGUGACAAUGACUUGUUGCGAAUGCUCAAUCAUGUGAUUCCUUGUGCGCCCUGUAUAUUUUAGGUAUUUAUGCGUGUUAGUAUACUUUCUUUAAAAAAAAAUCGUUAAUAUACAUUAUUUGCUUUAAAAUAUUGUGUAUGAAUACUGGGGAUGAGAAGUUUACCCACCCUUUUAACGAACGACUUUUCCUUAUAGUUAUUUUAAACUGUGCCGUAUAUGCUUAAGCAAAAAAUCUGUUAUAGUUUAAACCAGUAUUAGCUUAAAGAAAUAAAAGACAUAAAAUUUGUA